AUGGCCGGAACAAAGGCACUUCUGACGCUGGAGAACUUCAUUAAUGGAAAGUUUGUACCUUGCAGCUCAUAUAUCGAUUCUUAUGAUCCGUCCACGGGGGAAGUACACUGCAGGGUGCCAGACAGUGGAAACGAAGAGAUCGAAGCUGCAGUGGAGGCCGCCAGGGCAGCGUUUCCCGGCUGGUCGGCCAGGAGCCCCCAGGAGCGCUCACAGGUGCUGCACCGGCUGGCAGAUCUGCUCGAGAAAUCCCUGGAGGACUUGGCCCAGGCGGAAUCCAGAGACCAAGGGAAAACCAUAACGUUGGCAAGAACCAUGGACAUCCCCCGGUCUGUGCAGAACUUCCGGUUCUUCGCCUCCUCCAUCCUGCACCACACAUCAGAGUGCACACACAUGGACCACGUAGGCUGUCUGCACUACACCCUGCGGGCCCCCGUGGGGAUCGCUGGUCUGAUCAGCCCCUGGAAUUUGCCACUCUACUUGCUGACCUGGAAGGUGGCUCCGGCCAUUGCUGCCGGCAACACCGUCAUAGCCAAGCCCAGCGAGCUGACGUCAGUGACGGCCUGGAUGAUGUGCAAACUCCUGGAGACAGCAGGUGUUCCACCAGGUGUGGUAAAUAUUGUGUUUGGAACGGGGCCCAAGGUAGGCGAGGCCCUGGUGUCCCAUCCAGAGGUACCCCUGAUUUCCUUCACGGGGAGCCAGCCCACCGCCGAGCGGAUCGCUCAGCUGAGUGCUCCCCAUUGCAAGAAGCUGUCCCUGGAGCUGGGGGGCAAGAACCCUGCCAUCAUCUUUGAGGAUGCCAACCUGGAGGAGUGCAUUCCCACGACCGUCAGGUCCAGCUUUGCCAACCAGGGUGAAAUCUGCCUCUGUACCAGCAGAAUCUUUGUCCAGAAGAGCAUCUAUAGUGAAUUUUUGAAGAAGUUUGUAGCAGCUACCAGAAUGUGGAAAGUUGGCAUUCCCUCCGAUCCAUCGGCCAGCAUGGGAGCUCUGAUAAGUAAAGCUCAUUUGGAAAAAGUCAGAAGUUACGUCAAGAAAGCCCGCGCCGAAGGGGCCCGAAUUCUGUGUGGUGAAGGGGUGGAUACGUUGAGUCUCCCCCCCAAGAAUCAAGCAGGAUAUUUUAUGCUUCCCACAGUCAUAACAGACAUUAAGGAUGAAUCCUGCUGCAUGAAGGAAGAGAUAUUUGGUCCAGUGACAUGUGUCGUCCCCUUCGAUAGUGAGGAGGAAGUGAUUCAAAGAGCGAACAGUGUUAAAUACGGGUUGGCAGCAACUGUGUGGUCAAGCAACGUGGGCCGUGUCCACCGAGUGGCUAAGAAGCUGCAGUCGGGCUUGGUCUGGACCAACUGCUGGCUCAUCAGAGAGCUGAACCUCCCUUUUGGGGGGAUGAAGAGUUCCGGGAUAGGCAGAGAGGGAGCCAAAGACUCUUAUGAAUUUUUCACUGAAGUCAAAACAAUCACCAUUAAGCACUGA